AUCAAAGGUCCUUGCGCUGACUGGCUGUGUGCUGGUCGGUGCAGUAUGAGAGUGCGGAGCGCCGCUGUCAUUACUGCGCUGUCACCCGCGUCCACCGAGCGUCUAUGCCACUUGUUUGAAGGAACAUUAUGGUUGGAUAAAUGCUAAUAAGCUGCAAAGAAGAUGGCGACACCGUAUGUCCCCGUGCCAAUAGGAAAUCCAUCUUCGGGCAACAUAACUAGAAGCCGAAGAAGCUCAUCCCUUGGAAGCAGCUCCACAAGUUCGACCUCCUCUAAAGAGCCACCUGAAGAUGGCAACCCUAGAAACCGCAAGAAGCUAAGUGCCCCCGAUCAGCUGAGCUGUACCUCCUCUGUGUGUAGCAGCCCCCUGGUAAGGACUAAAUUUGACUCCUCUGUGGAGUACAGCUCGCGACCAGUACCCCAUGAACAUAUUCCUAACCCGGCAGAGCUGGAAGAGAGGCCUUCAACACCCACCAUCUUAGGAUAUGAAGUGAUGGAAGAACGGGCAAAGUUUACCGUAUAUAAGAUUCUAGUUAGAAGAAGCCCGGACGAGAGCUGGGUGGUCUUCCGGAGAUACACAGAUUUUUCAAGGCUUAAUGACAAGCUGAAGGAAAUGUUCCCCGGUUUCCGACUCGCUCUCCCACCUAAACGCUGGUUUAAGGACAAUUAUGAGUAUGAUUUCCUGGAGGACAGGCAGCUGGGCCUGCAGGCUUUCUUACAGAACUUGGUCGCCCACAAGGACAUUUCGAACUGCGCCCCUGUGAGAUUAUUUCUGUGUCUGGAUGAGCCGCCUGGACCUUUUGAUAGCCUGGAAGAGAGCAGGGCUUUUUGUGAGACUUUAGAAGAAACGAAUUACAGACUUCAAAGGGAUCUUGCUGAGAAGCAGAAGGAGCUUGAAGCCUUGAAAAAGCUUUUAAAUGAAAAGCAGCUGCACAUCCAGACGCUAGAAAGCCGGAUCCAGGAAUCGAGCACAGGGCCUGGUGAGGCGCGCAGACCUUCAAGAGAAGAGAGCGAGUGCAGUGGCGAGGUGGAGUCCUCCGCCAUAGAAGCGGAUCAGGUGGCCUCCGCAGACAAUGGCUCCUUUAAAGAGAACCAUGAGAUCUGCUGGAAUGAGUCCCUGCCGGAGAUUGAAGUAGCAGAGGUGGCAGACCCCGAUGAAGAAGUCUGAUGUGCCUGAGUUUUGUGGACCCUUACAUACCUGGGCCUUUAUCGGGGACCCACACAAAUAGUUUACACAAUCAAGUUCUAGAGAAGGAUGUGCGGUCCUUGCUGCUAAUUGACCAGUCUGGUGGAGACGGCUGACCUACCUAAGGAUCUAAUAGGCCGGAGUCUUAGAACUGAGGCCCAUCUGACAACUCGCGUACUCUCCAUAUACCAGUAAUGGCCUAGCUGUAUCUGAUUGCAGCACUGUCUCAAGCACUUUUGUAGAAAUUGUCACUAUUCUCACCAGUGUCACAAGGGCAUGUUCCGCUUUGCCAAGACUUGAUUUCUGUAUUUUUGUACACCCGUGAAGCAAUUGUUCAGUGCCGUGGACGUUGCCAACAGUUUAUUUUUAUCAAAAGCAGCUCAGAAGAAAAAGCCGCAAAUAACCGAACCUGACCAUAGGAUGUAUUAUUAGAGUGAUUCAUAGGAGACGCACCUGGCGCCCGGCAAUUCUCUGUCAUAGCGAUUGCCUAAACCCAGUGCGUGUGCCGCUGUCUGAAUAAAGCAGAGUCUCUGCACAGACAUGACGGGUAAGACCGGCACCAUACGGUUUGUCAGCACAAUCGCAACCCUGCAUAUCUCCAAAUAACGCCUGCUUUUAUUUAAAGACGGAGCUGUGUGAAUUUCCAAUAUUUUAAAGACUCAAUCCAAGACUAGAUGUACCAAAUGCAAAAGUAAUGUAUUUAUACAGUGAGAGAACCUGACUGGUCAUGUAUAUUUUACGCCGUGGGCAGAGGGGAGCGAAAUGUAUUUUUUUUUUUUUGUUUUUUUUUCUUUAAUUUUGCACUCGUAGAAGAUGGGGGAUAUAUGUAUAAUCUCAUCAAACACCAUAGGCAGCCGAUUUUAUAUUGGGGUAAAGUAGUUGCUCCCACUAUUUAAAUCAACGCGCACCAUAGUUAGCUGGUCUUUUAUGGUGUAAUUGCAGCGUCUGCUGCGCUCGUGUAUAUGUGUGUUCAUAUGAUAUAUAAUCAUUUAUCCUUCUUCUGGUUUAAAGGGGUUUUUCCGGGGGGGAGGGGAAUUAUACAUAUAAAAAAAAAUCAUCUAUGGGGGGUGUCAAAAUAACAAAAAAAAAAGCUAGUCACGAUCCCUUCACCGCCCCUGUUCCAAGAGCAGUGAGGGGUUAUUCAGGUGUGUAUAACUUUCUUUUUUUUUUUAUACUUUAUUCUGACCUUACUGAGACAUAAUAUAAAAUUAUAUAUAUAAUUUAUUUACCGGGCACCUCUUUAAAGGGCUUUUAGUUAUGGAUAGCCUAUCCUCAGGAUAGGUCCUCAAUAUCAGAUCUGUGGGAAUCAAGGAUCCCCACCGAUCCGCUGUUUCGGGCCAGCCCCGGGGAUGGUAUUGUAAGCACAAGGUUCGGUCCACUGUGCAGCGGCCAUGCCGGGGUACUGGAGCUCGGCUCUGAUUCAAGUGGAUGGGAACUGAGCUGCAAACUCUACAGUAGACAGAUCCUUCCAUCCACUGUAUAGUUUCCAGCAUCAGCGGGCACCCAGAACAUCUGAUCGGUGUGUGGGUGCUAGGCGUUGGGCCCCCACCAAUCUGUUAUUGAUGAUCUAUCCUGUCAUUCAGCUUUAUUUUUGCCUAUCCUGUGGAUAGGUCGUCAAUAUCAAAGGAAACCCCUUUAACUACUAUAGUAUAAGAAUAGGCAAUAUCGUCAAUGUUUAAUCGGAGAGGGUUUAGCCUUCCAGGCUGCGGCACUCUGCUUCGUGCUGUGGCUCCUUUGUCUGGUUGGGAGGCGGAGGUCCCAGUAAUUGAAUCUCCACCGGUCAGACAUUGAUAGCACACCCUUGAAGGAAUUGUUCUCAUUAUAUCCUUAUGCUUCCAUACCAUAUGUGUAUUAAAGCAGGUACAGGGGACAUUCGAGGACAGGGAGGACUAUUAGGGACUAUUUUUUUUGGCAGAUUUUAGGACAAGUAAGUAAAACGUACUGAGAGUUUAUUUUUAUUUUUUCGAUCCAAAAAGGGCGAAAAAACUCCAUCUCUUUCCCUCCACUGUCACCUGGACCUGUUUUUAGCACAAGCCUUAAAACUCCUAGUCAUCUCCCAUCUUUUACUUUGCCAGUAAACACUUCAUAAAUGAUCACAGUGUAAUUAUUAACAGUAGUAUGCUUCUAAAUGGUUAAAUGCUGCAUUUCAGAUGUUGGCUCUGUUAUCCAUUCAGCUUCAUUUUUAUCCAUUCAUUAUUCAUUAAAAAUCUUUGUACAACUGGAAAUGACGAUUUUACUUAGCAUCGAGUCUGAAUGUCUGGAUUACAGCUGGAUUCUUUGCUGACCAAUAUUGCUCUCGCAUUCAUCCAAGGCUUUUAAAGGGGUUCUCUGUUUUUUUCUAUAUUGAUAACCUAUCCUCAGGAUAGGUCAUCAAUAUCAGAUAGGGGGGGGAUGUCCAGAUCCCGGCACUUCCGCUGCUCAGCGGUUUGAAGAGAACGCAGUGCUCAUACGAGCGCUGUGUUCCCCGCACGGUUUAACUGCUCGCAACGGUGAGCAGUGUCAUUACAACUACGCCGUCCCCAUUCACUUCAAUGAGAUUGCUCAUCCGAUCGGAUAUUGAUGACCUGUAUAAAAAAAAAAGGAAAAAGACAACCCCCUUUAAAUCAUAAACGCGGAAAAAUCUACGCCCUUUCCUAAGGGGUCCUGCACAUAUGAAUUUGACAUUUUCACCUGUAAAAACAAUAACCACCAGAAUAAGCGCUGGCGUUUUUUAUUUUGGCUUCGUGCAAUUUUUGCAGGUGCAUUUCUGGUGCAAAGGAAAACCUGGCUUAGUUGCCCCCAACAACGAAUCAGAUUUCAUUUUUCAGAGCUCAUUUGGAAAAUAAAAGAAUCAAUCUGAUUGGUUGCUAGGGGGCAACAAAGUCAAUUUUCAUUUGCACUAGUUUUGAUAACUCUCUCCCUAUG